AUGCCAGUGGCAGAGACCUUGCAUCUGGCCCAUGUGCUUACUCAGGCAGUCAAAGGUCUUCUGACCGGAGCGAAUGAAGGCCUGCAGGCCAAGCGAGAGCACGUCUUCUGUUCCGGAGAAGGCCCGGGUAAAGUUCGGCACUGGGUGGCCAGGCUGGAAUUCCAAGACGGCAAGCGGAAACGUCACGUGCAUCGGAACGGCCAGUUCUACCACGGACGUGGAGCGGUUCACGUGCACAUCCUUCUGUGGUUAUCGGACAUGCACGCCAUGGAGCUGUCCUCGAAGAUCCGCGCCGACAUACCCGGCGAAGACGAACCGGAGAUGCGCGAUCUGGUGUUGGGCUCCCAACUGGACUACACCUCAAGCGGCUGGCCGGCACGCGAAGAACCCACUGAGGUAAACAAGGAAGACCAGCGACUGAAACUGCAUCAUCCUCGCGAAGCUUUCGAAAGAUGCUGCCGUGCAUAUGUCUCAGACGUCCUGGCCGCCCUUCGCUGCCACGUGGAUGUCCAGGCAUCGGAUGGUCGCGCGAUGAUUCUGAAGUACUGCGCCAGCUACCUGCCGAAGUUCAGCAGCUCCUUUGCAGCGGAACUGCUCAACAACGAGGCCAGCGACUACUCGCUAGCGCGCCGCGUGCUGGCAGACUACCAUCCGCUGCAGCCCGAAAUGGUCAUGCAGCUUGCGAUGCAGCAACACCCGCAGUUCAUCUGCCCAGCCACCGUGCGCAAGUUCGUCGUGCCCGUUCCCUGGCAAAAGGAGAUGCCCAAGCUCGUGCAGAACUACAUGACGAGUUCGUGGAGACGUCCCAACAUGAGCCUCUUGGACUUUCUGCGAAAAUCAGGCAACAACGGCCAGAUAUCUCAGAAAUACCGUCGCAUGCACAGCCACCUCAAGAUCGGCAUGCCCCUGAACGAUUGGAUCAAUGUGCACCCGGCCGACGGCAAAAUCCUGGUGGCCGAUAUCCCGUACGCGCACACCAACGAUCGACGCUACGGCCAAUGGUUGCUCUUGAACGUGCCCUUCCGGAAUGUCGACGACCUCUGGAUCGAGAACGCGGAAAAACUGCCAGAGAACCUGAAAUUUCUCGGACUUUGCGUACUACACCGCCGUCGCUUCUGGCGAGAUCCACAAAAGAUUCGAGCGGAGUUGGAAAAAGAGGCUCGCAGCGAGACGUACAUCCAGAACACGCUGGCCAUGCUGGCGGCCCGCAUCGAGCUGAUCGACGCCUACCUCUCCGGGGAGAUGACAAUGGAGAAGGAGCCGGAGCCUGCAUUGGACGGAGUUGCCAAAGUGGCCAGCGCCAACAUCAAGGUUGCACCGGAGCAAGCGAACGUCAUCCACACCAUCCGCCGACGAGUUCAACACGCGCUGGAAGCAAAGUGGCCGGAAGACAACCAAGUCGACUCCUGGGCCAUAUGGUUCGAUCAAGCAAUGCCCGCCAACAGACCAACGGUCGUAUUGGGACCGGCCGGCAGCGGAAAGAGCACUGCGGUCGAGAUCGCUUUGGCCGAAGCCGUCAAGGCCGGAGCGCACGUCGGUGUGGCGUGCCCGACGGGCAUGUUGGCGACUCGGUACAGGAGUCGCUAUCCGGAUCUGGACAUCGACACCGUGCACGGCAUGUUCGCAUUGCACAAGGACGAGCUGACGACCGCAGACAUCAUGAAGAUCUACGAUCUCAUCAUCAUCGACGAGAUAGGCCAGCUCCCCGUCUGGAUCUUCGAUCGACUGCUUCGGCUCUGGGACGCGGCCGAGCGAAGGCCCGCCAUCGUGUUCGUCGGCGACUUCUGUCAGCUGACUGGCGCGGACGGCACCACGGCAAGAGACAGCCCCAGGUGGGCCCAGAUGAGCAUCUCCACGCUGUUCGAGAUGCGCCGAUGCAAAUGUGCCAAGUUGAAGUGGAAGCUACAACUGCUCAGGAGCUCGAUACCGAACGGGUCACAGCUCAAACAACUCCUGAAAGGCCACCGGGCUAAUGCUCAUGCAGGUCGCACUCGCGGCAACGUCGUUACCGCAGACGACGUGGCCCAAGUGUUCAAGGAGAGGCCGAACACCACUUUCGUCACCAUAUCCCGGCGCGGGACCGCCAAGGUGAACCAGCACGCAGUGCGCGCUCUCUUCUCCGAUGCGGACGUCCUUGGACGCAUACCUUGCGAUCCACAGGAGAACUUCGACAACUUCCGCGGUACCGCGCAAAUCGCUGCAGAACCAUUCUGGAUGCCCGUCUACGAAGGCAUGCGAGUGACCAUCACCAGAAACACGGACAAAGAGAACGGCUUCGUGAACGGCAUGGGUGCGGUCGUACAGCGCAUGAGACACACUGGCGUACAGGUCAAGACCGACGAAGGCAAGGUGCUCCUUAUUCAUCCCAUCGCCCAUGAGUGCGCCUUGUGGGAUGGCAGCGUUCAGACCACCACCGCUUUUCCGCUGCGACUGGGCUACAGCACCACCUUGCACAAAAUUCAAGGUGCCACCCUGUCCCACAUCACCAUUUGGAUGGAUGUUCCUUUCGUGAAGGCAGCACUGUAUGUAGCACUCUCGCGGGUACAGUACGACCGCGAUUGGAAGUUCGUAGGAAGCAUCGACCGCCGACACUGCCUGCCAGCAGCCAUGUGA